AUGAUUCUGGACUUGAAAAAUGACCUUGAUAAAGAUUAUUACCCCACCACGACGUCUGGCAAGAUCCAAAAGGCAAUCCUUCGAGAAUGGGUCAUCAAUUACCUAGAUCAAGUUGCAGCCAAAAAAUUGGAGGCUAAGGAUAUCUUGUCCGAGCUGACAGCAUGUUGGUCCGCUGUAUCCGGUCUACCGGUGGAGGAAAUUGACCAGAACAGACCGAUUCGAUCUUUCACCGACAGCACAAUGAUUAUUCAGUUUCUGCAUAUCGCAGCUCAAAAAGGGUGGACGCUCACAUUCAAAUUGCUUACCGUUUAUACAACAAUUUGUGAACAGGCUACAUUCCUCAGUAUGAUGAAGUUGCCACCCAGUCUUUCUGUGAGCGAAUCUCCAGUAGAGAAGCGUUCACCGCUGGCCUGGGAAUCCGAUAAAGGUGUCCAUGAGGACCUAGUGAACACCAAACUUCAAGCAUUGGGGUUGGAAUGGGGCGAUGUAGAAUCUAUCCUCCCGAUGACCGAUUAUUCAAGCAACUUUUCUCGUGAUCGAUCCAGACCAACGGCGUGGAACUUCCGCUUUACUUGGUCAGUUGAAAACUCUAUGAGUGAAGCACAACUUUUCUCAACUCUGGAGACGUGGUUCAAACGACAUCCCUUGCUCCGAUGUACAUCCGUGGUGUGCAGUGAGGAUUUAGAACUGGUUUUGGUCAUGCGGCCUCAUGUGCAAUGGCUCAAACACCAAAUCCUUCACGCUGGUGAAGUCCAGGACAUGGAAGCCGCGACUAAAUAUAGACUGAACGACCCUGAAUACGAUUAUGUGAAUGGUACAGGUCCGCUCUUUAAAAUUGCCAUCCUGAAAACGCAAAAUCCCACCGCUCAUGCUCUUGUGAUGCAUUUCCACCACGCUCUAUAUGACGCGUUGUCUUUGAUCAGAUGGCUUCAGGACCUGAAACAACUGUUGAAGAACAACGGAGAUUCGUCCCUCCAGUUCCUUCCUUACAAAGACUUCGCUGAACAGUAUUACGAAUACCGAAGCUCCCGAUCUGCCGAAGAAGCUGUCGACUUCCAUGUUUCCCGACUUCGCGGCAUAUCGUCUUGCAAGAAUGCCAUAUGGCCCCCGGACGCAUCAGUCAGCAAAGAUAUAUCCUUUGAUGUUCAGGAAAUUGCACCUAAGACAAUGCCUGUGGGAGCCGUGGAUAAGUCUUGUGGGAUGCAGGGGACCAAUUGCUAUUUGCGGUUGACCCAACUUGCAGCAAUGAAGUCCCAGUUCGCCAUAAGUGCACCUAUUAUAGCCAUGACUGCGUGUGCUCUUGUGAAUGUUCGGCAAACCAAGGCCUCUGAGGCAAUAUUCAACAAUCUUUUGUCGGGCAGAACCUGGCCACUUGCAGACAACGCUCAAGGAGGCCUCACAGACAACAUGUUAGAAGUGGACGGACCAACGAUGACCUAUACUGUCAGCCGCAUUCGCAUUGACGGAAACGAGACUGCUUUUCAACUUUUACAACGUGUCCAGAACGAACAAGAUCAACUUGCUAUUUAUGCACACGCCCCGCUUAAUCAAAUCAAUCGGAGGCUCAAAGAAAUGGAUACUGAGAAAGGUGCUAGUGAUGUGUCAUUGAUGGACACCAUCUAUCGGCGGCAGGCCUUUGAUUGGCUUCUAGAGCAGUACAGCGAGAGUGAGACUGAUGCAAUGAAGCUUGUCGAUGAUGACAGCCGAAGCAAUCUCGGUUUCGUAUGGUUUCCCUUCAUCAAGGAUGGUAACUUGCUGCAUCUUAACGUUACUUUCGACCAUGCCCUCCUGAGCAGCAGAGAAGUACAAAAAGUCACAACCGAAUUUAUGUGUGCGGCUGCGUGGCUUUCAGACCCAGCGAACGCGUAUCGACCUCUUUCUCAAUGUCGAUUUUCCGGAUACGAGGUGGCGUAUCAACAGCCACUGUGA